GUCAGUUUACUCAGACACAGAGUUUAUCUGAAAGCCACCGACGUCAAAGUGGAAUUUGCUUAUUUCCACUCGAGCUGCAUGUGCACAACAGAGCGACAUGAGCAAACACUGGGCAGCGGUUCUACUCGUCCUGAUUCAGCUUCACCGCUGUGAUUGCUGUCCUGAUCUGUGCCAGUGCUUCUCGGCUGCCAAGGUCGUCUGCUCUGACGAGUCCAUGAAAACUUUGCCUGUCAACAUCUCAGCGCAGGUGAGAGAACUGAUUGUAGUAACGUCGGGCGUCGCGCUUUUGGACGGUCGUUCCUUCAGAGAGAACCUCAGACUUACUAAGCUGGUCGUUCUCAACAGCCUCGUGAAAAAGAUCUGUCACAACGCCUUCGACCGUCUGCAGGAGCUGCAGGAGCUGGAAAUCAGUGGAAACCAUCAUUGGUUGACUUUUGACCCACGGACCUUCGGCUCGCUGACCAACCUUACAAGACUGUUACUCAACAACAAUAAGAUCGGUGCUCUGGGCGCUGGCAUUUUUGACUCUUUGCACAAACUGGAAACGUUGCAGUUGAGGGGGAACGGCUUGUCUUAUCUGCCCAGCCUUCUCUUCCAUCGUCUCCACAAACUGCAGGAGCUCGACCUGUCCUUCAACCUCAUCAGCUCCGUCUCAGCAGAUGUUUUCCAGAACAACUCUCUCCUGAGAACGCUCUCGCUGCAGACCAACUCCAUCUCACAGCUUCCGGCAGGGAUCUUCACUCACCUGGAUCACCUGGAGGAGCUGAAUCUCCGAAGCAAUCCCAUAAGCAACCUAAGCGCUGAGACGUUCCCAUCCGGUUUGCGGAAGCUGAUCCUCAAGAAGAACGCGCUGGCGCAGCUGCCCCGCACCAUCUUCCACAAACUGCAUCACAUUACGUAUCUGGACUUGUCUCAGAAUCAGCUCUCUGAGGUCCCUUCGGAUCUCUUUCAGAACCUCAUCUCGCUGAAAAAACUGGAUCUGUCCGAGAACCGGAUUACGGCAUUGCCCAGCACUGUCUUCAAGGGGCUGUUUAGUAUAAAAGCCCUCCAUCUGCAGAAAAACAAACUGAGCUCCCUGGAAGCGAACCUGCUGAAGGAUCAGCAUGACAUGGAGCAGCUCUACUUGUCCAUGAACAAUCUGCAGAGCAUCCCGCACGGCUUCUUCGAUGACCUGGACUUCCAGUGUGUCGUCCAGCUUCACGGGAACCCCUGGCGCUGUGACUGCGGCUUACAGUACUUCUUUGACUGGCUGAGUUACAGCGACAGGAACGUGGAGGAUCUGACGAGGGUUUCCUGUGGAGCUCCUGAGGUUAUUCGAGGACGCCGCGUGGUGUCUGUGGACAAGGAGCAGCUCGUCUGCGUGAAAAACUCCAGCUCUGAGUUUCACGGCUCCUCCGUCCCAAACGUUACCGAGAUCCCGGUCGAUGGCAGCGAUGAUGGUGCGAUUCGUUGCUCGCUCCGAGAAGUGAAAGGCACGGCAUCCAUUCAGUGCAAAGUCACUAAAUGCACCAACGUGAAGUUUCAGGCCCUUUUUCAAUCUGACGAUGGAAAUGAACAGGAGAGUUUCCUAAGGGAGUGGUCGGUGCCUGCGGGAUGCUCCAACGGGACUGUCUAGGGCUUUUAUUUAACAGUACAUCUUGUACAGAACCCUUAAUGAGUUUCUGCUUUAGUUGUUCAAAUAUUUUGUGGAUUUUUUCUUCAAAAUGUGAUAAUUCACUCUCAGAAAAAAUGUGUCCCUUAAGGGAUUGCUCCACUUCCAGAAUAAAAAUUUCUUGAUAAUUUACUCACCCCCAUGUCAUCCAAAAUGUUCUUAUCUUUCUUUCUUCAGUCACAAAGGAAUUACGUUUUUUUGAGGAAAACAUAUCAGGAUUUUUCUCCAUGUAGUGGACUUUCUUUGGUGCUCAACGGACUGAAGGUUUCAGUGCAGCUUUAAAAGGCUCUACAUGAUCCCAGCUGAGGAAUAAGGGUGAAAUGAUUAUUUUCUGAAAAAAAUAAAAAUGUAUAUCAUUUUUAACCUCAAAUGCUUGUCUAGUUCUGUGAUGCGCAUGCGUACUCUGUGCACUCCGGUUCAAGACAGGUAGGGUAUGUCGAAAAACUCCCAUCUCAUCUUCUCCUCCAACUUCAAACUCGUCCUACAUAUGAAUAUCUUGGAUGACAUAAGGGUGAGUAAAUUAUCAGGAAAUGUUUAUUCUGGAAGUGGAGUAAUCCUUUAAGAGCAGGGGUGUCCAAUGCUUUUCCUGGAGGGCCAAUGUCCUGCAGAGUUUAACUCCAAUCUGCCCCAACACACUUGCCCGGACGUUUCUAGUAAUCCAAAGGCCUUGAUUAGCAGGUUCAGGUGUGCUUAAAUUGUACUGGAGCUCAGCUCUGCAGGUCCAUGGCCCUCCAGGAGCAGGACUGGACAAUCCUAUUUUAGGGGUACAACAGCUUGUCACUGGGGCAGCUUUGUACCUUACUUAACCCUAAAGGUGCAUACCCUAGAGCAGUGCUUCUCAGGCCUGUCCUGACGACCCCUACACCACUGCACAUUUUGUAGGCCUCCCUCACCAGAAACACCCAAUUCAAGUCUUGCAUUCUCUGCUAAUGAGCCGGUGAGCUGAAUGAAGUGUGUUAGAUGAGGGAGACAUACAAAAUGUGCACUUCUUGGGGGGUCGGCAGGACAGGUUUGAGACGUGCUGCUUUAGAGUAAUAGUAUGUACCCUUAAGGUGCUACCAAAUACCUUUUAGGGUUAAAUAAGGGCGUCCCUAUAAGGCUACUGCCCCCAUGACAAGCUGUUGUACCCCUAAUGGUAAAGAACCCUUGAUGAGCUUCUGCUUUAGUUUACUUGUGGAGUAUUAUUUUUCAAUCAGUUCAUAAAGCACUCUCUGAAAAAAAUGUGCUAAAAUGUACCUUUAGGGGUAAAAAACAGGUUGUCAGUGGGGCAGAAACCUUGAAGGGACAUGUAACCAAAAAUUACAAUUUGAUGAAAAUGUACAUAUCCUUAGGCCAUCAAAGAUUAGGAUGAGUUUGUUUGUUCAUGAGAUUUGUAGAAAUGUGUCAUUCCAUCAGUGUCUCACCAAUGGAUCCUCUGCAGUGAAUGGGUGCCGUCAGAAUGAGAGUCCAAACAGCUGAUAAAAACAUCAUAAUAAUCCACAAGUAAUCCACACCACUCCAGUCCAUCAGUAAACAUUUUGUGAAGACAAAAGCUGAAACAAAUCCAUCAUUAAGACGUUUGUAACUAAAAUAUGAGUCCAUAAUCCAUAAUAACACCUCCUCCAGUGAAAAAGUCUCUCAUCAAAAUCCAGCCACAUAUUUGUUUAGAGCCGUUUUGGCUUGUAAACGGUGCUUGAUCUGUGCAGAUUUCUCUCCUGAUUCAGACCAGACCACUUUUUCACUGGAGGAAUCGUUAUUAUGGAUUAUGGACUCUAUGAUAGAUUUGUUUCAGCUUUUGUCUUCUCAAGACAUUAACUGAUGGACUGGAGUGGUGUGGAUUACUUGUGGAUUAUUGUGAUGUUUUUAUCAGCUGUUUGGACUCUCAUUCUGACGACACCCAUUCACUACAGAAGAUCCCUUGGUGAGACAGUGAUGAGAUGACACAUUUUUUACAAAUCUGAUGAACAAACAAACUCAUCCUCAUGGUUCUGCCUCGACAUACUGUCCCAGAACACUUUGAUGUCGAGCUGAUUGUGUUCAGUUGUGUAUGUUAAUGACUAAGCCAUGCGUAGGCCAGACUCAUCGGUGGAGAAGUGUGCCGGAUGAAUCAAUGAGAGAUAAGAGAGGUGGAUGAACUUGUCUUGUGGUGGUCAAAGUACAGUCAAGAGACUGAACCACAACACAGUGUUUCAACAAGCCGAACGAUUCAUUUCAUCUGUUGAAAUAUCCAGUAAAUGUGCCGGUGUUCAAUGGAUGACCCUGCACAGCCCCGACGUGUGCUUGCAGUUGCAUUCAUACAACUGUUUCAUAAAGCAAUAAAUAAUCAUAUGCCACUAUA